CUGUUUUCCCGUCUGCGGUUCCAUGAGCACCAUCUUCCACUUCCACGUCUGCUUUAAAAUCUGUGUUUAAAUGUUCACUGUCGUCAACUUUCACGUCUGCCUUGACGUCUGCGUUUAGAUGUGCGCUCUCUUCAACUUUCAUGUCUGCGUUGACGUUUGUGUUUGCAUGUACACUUCCUUCAACUUUCAUGUCUGCGUUGACGUUUGUGUUUGCAUGUACACUUCCUUCAACUUUAACGUCUGCGCUUACGUCUGUGUAUACAUCUGAAGGUCGGAUCUACCCUAAAAUGACUAUGUUGAGAACAAAAAUAAUGAGAAUGUCUUCUCAACGACCUUCGACCGGAAACGGAAAGAGGAUGAAAAAAGUGACCGACAUGAGAAUGUUUGGCGAUAAGUCGGCGGAAACAGAAGUUAACUUCAGCAAGACGUUUGAUCCAAUGACGAACCUCCAUCUAUGGACAAUGUGGAGGACCGCCGUGAAUGGUCGAAUAGUGGACGAGUUGCGAGGCAUGGUGACGGAGGACUUUUACCACAACCCGUACGGCAAGUACAUCACGCAGGCGCCGCUCUACAGGUUCAUCAAAUUCGACGAUCACUCGUUCCACCGCGCAGACGAUAUGAUGGACCCUAAAAACACAGCAACAAACAGACUUCAGGCCAACCAGUUCGUGUUUUACGGAGUACCGCGGGUUGUAUUAAAAAAGAAUGGUCGCAGGAAUUAA